GGAGAUGGCUGUUCAUACACCAAACAUAAAUUGAGGCUCCAGAACGUAACGUGGGAUAACCGCCACCACCCAUCCUUCUGGAAGCCAGCUGAACCAUGAGCACCAAGGAAGGUGGGUCAUCAUCUACUUGGGUUCUCCGCUUCCCUUCACCGUUAGAACCAGGGGUCCAAAUCAGUGUCGAAAUGGAGGAGAGCUCGCCUCCCAUUGGGACCAUCAAGGAGAUCCUCAAGCGCAGUCGCUCCCGCAAGGACCGGAUGGAUCCGCAUGAAGCUAUUGUGAAGCCUCAGUGUUGGGAAGUCCGGCAACAGGUGAUUCUCCCCACUCCAGAAGAUGAGGAAUCUAAGGCAGAUGCACCUGAGGUGAUGCUGGAGGAUAAAAUUGAGACUUGUGUGGUCUCUUUUGAAAACUCCUCUGACCCCAAAGAAGAGAGAGGGACCAAAACUGAAGUGAUGGUCGGCCCGGAUUGCGUGAUUACUAUCGAAGAAGAGGAGGUUGACCCUGAGAAGCAGGAGUCGCCGGAACCUGAGUUUGUGUCAGAUGACGACGACAUUGAGGCCUGUGUGGUGUCUUCUGAAGAAGGCUUUCAAGAGGAAGAGGAGACCCAUCCUAAGAUCAUAAAUGGAGGGAGCGUUGAGGACUUCAUUGAGUCUCUCGAACACACAGGUCUCCCUAGAGUAGAAAAGGCCACUCAGACCGAACCGACACAGAGGGACAGUGCUGAGAGCUGUGAGGCCUCUAUCCAGAAGGCAGCCAACUCCAAAGAGGAAGAGUUAAUGGAAUCUGAGGUGGCAUCUAAGGAGGGUAGCCAGGGCAGUCGAGCUUCUCCAGAGAAACUAGAGGACCCUAAAGGAGGAGGAGGAGAAGAAGCACAAGAGGCUUGUAACAGCCCAGAAGCUAGAGAAAAAGGAGGCGGUGGGAAACAUCCGGGGGCCAUCUUGGGAGAAGGUGGCAUCGCCAUGGAGACUGCCCGCCAGGGUUUCCGGUGGUUUCGCUACCAGGAAGCUGAGGACCCGCGGAAAGCUUACGGGCGGCUGCGGGAACUUUGCUGCCUUUGGCUGAAGCCGGAGAGCCGCAGCAAGGAGCAGAUUCUGGAGCUGCUGGUCCUGGAGCAAUUCCUGGCCAUUUUGCCUCAGGAAAUUCAGAGCUGGGUGUGGCAGCAGCACCCAGAGACGUGUGCGCAGGCCGUGGACUUGGUGGAAAACUUCCUGACAGGCCUUUCUCUGCUUCAGAGACAUGGGGAAAAGGCACUGGUGACCUUUGAAGAGGUGGGUGUGUAUUUUUUUGAGGAAGAGUGGAGAUUCCUGGAUGAAACUCAGAGGCAGAUCUACCGAGAGGUCAUGCUGGAGAAUUAUGAGAAUGUCCGGUCACUGGGAUUUCCAAUUCGCAAACCAGAUCUGAUCUCCAAGAUGGAGAGUAGCAAGAACCCGGAUCCAUGUUUCAAAGAUCUCCAGGAGUCAAAAAAAGGAGUCCCACCAAGAGAUGCUGAAGACGCUGAGCUCUCGAGCAAGUCUGACUGUGAGGAGCUGAUGACCUGGAAGGAAGAGAAAGCAGCGGACAGCCCACCGGCUCUGCCGAGAACCAGAAGUGGUCUCAGAAGUGCGGACAGCGCUGUCAAAAGCAGCACUCCCAGCACCAGGCCCCACUGGCAUCGGACGGAGCCACGAUUCACGUGCCCCGACUGCGGCAAGACGUUCCCUUGGCAAUCCGCCUUGGCUCGGCACCAGCUCUCGCACUCUGCGGACAAGCCGUACCGGUGCUUGGACUGCCCCAAGAGCUUCGCCGAGCGCUCGAAGCUGGCCCAGCACCGCUGCCUCCGCACCAGGGACCCCUCCUGCGAGUGCCCUGAGUGCGGGAAGCGCUUCUGUGACCGCUACAAGCUGGCCCGCCACCAGAAGACCCACGCGGGCGCGCGGCCGUACCGCUGUGACGUGUGCGGGCGCGGUUUCUGCCUCAGCUCCAACCUGCGGCAGCACCGCCGCGUGCACACUGGCGAGCGCCCCCACAGUUGCCCCGAGUGCGGGAGGGGCUUCAGCCGACGCUCCAACCUCGUCCAGCACCUCCGGGUGCACCAGCUGCCGUGGCAGCAGCAAGGAGGGCGCGGCGGGGAACUCCACACGGGAGAUGCCGAGCUCGGAGCGGGCUCGGACCUCUGUGAGGAGGAAUGGAAAUACGAGUGGAUUGCAGACGGGCAGGGUGGCGAGGAGGCAGGCGACGUGCUCCGUGAUGGAAAUAGCGAAGGCAACCCACGCUUGGAGCCCCAGGAGGACAAGGAGAUCCUAGAGCUCCGUGUUGGGGAUUCCGAGCAUGGGUGGGACACAGAGCUCCACAGCGGCAAAAUUAUGGAGCUCCGGCCUGGGACCCCUGGGCACCAGCAGAGCUUGGAGCUGUGUGCUGGAAACCCCGAGAGCGAGGAAAUAGUAGAGCUGCGAGUAGGGGAUGGUGAGGAGCACAGAUGGAUAGAGGAGGAGGGCGAUGACGAUUGUCUGCUUGUCAGCAAUGGAGGGCCCCUCUGCUCUGAAAGCCGGGAGAGUCAUCCCUGUCCGGAUCUGCAGCCCGCCAACCAAACCUUGCUGGAAGGGAACGAGGUCCCCCAGUGCACUGACUGCGGGCGGACGUUCACCCGGAGCUCCAACCUUUCCCGCCACCAGCGGAUCCAUGCCGCCCACCACCAGCUCACGCACGCCUCUGGGCAGCCCCACGCCUGCCCCGACUGCCCCAAAAGCUUCAGCUACCGAUCCAAGCUGCUGCGCCACCAGCGCGUGCACACGGACGAGCGCUCUUUCCAGUGCGACGAGUGUGGGAAAAGCUACAGGGACCAUUCGACGCUCCGCCGGCACCAGCGCUUCCACGGCGAGCCUGAGGCCUUGAGGCUGGCUCCCAUGUGGGAUGCCUCUCCUUACUCGCCUGACCCCGUGGUGAUGAUUUUAUGAGCGAGAACGCCACGCAAAUCCCACCGUGGGACCC